UAGUAGCCUUUUCCGCAGGCUGGAAUAAACAGCAUAUAAAAAAGAACGUAACGUACAUUUUUAUGUAUAGCGAUUUUUUGCAUACCCUAUCCCCUGUAUAGUACUUUUUAACUUCUUUUUCUGUUGCGUUUACGAUUUUUUUGGAAAUGGUUAAGUACGCCAAAAAGUUGAGGGACUUUGGGAAAUGCGCCAAGGGGGCUGGCAUGGAUUUAAGGGUCCACUUCAAAAACACGUACGAAACGGCGAGGGCUAUAAGGAGAAUGAAAUUGCUGGACGCAAAAAAGUACCUGAAUGACGUCAUCGAGAAGAAGAGGUGUGUGCCGUUUCGUAGGUACAACGGAGGUGUUGGAAGAACGAACCAAGCCAAGGAGUUUAACCACACGCAGGGAAGAUGGCCCGCGAAAUCGUGCAAGUUUUUGUUAAACGUGUUGGAUAACGUGCAGGCCAAUGCAGAGGCAAGAAACUUGGAAGUGAGCAAGCUGAGGCUAAUCCACGUGAUGGUGAACAGAGCGCGCGCAGGACGAAGAAGAACGUUUAAGGCCCACGGACGAAUCAACCCCUUCAUGUCGUCCCCGUGCCACAUCCAAGUAAUCGCAAAGGAGAUUUCCAAGCCAGCGAAAAAGUCGCUCCUGACGAAUGCGGAAAAGCAGAAGGAGCUCCCCUUCAAAAUUACCUUAAAAAAAUUGAUAAAAUUAAACAUUUCGAAGAAGAACUUUGCAAAGAAUAAGAAGAAGGCCGCAAAUUAGUUUUACAAAUUAAAUGCACGUUUGCAUAUUUUAACUUUGACCUGAAUUUUUUUUUUCCUUUUUUGUUUUUUUUUUUUUUUUUUUACGAAAUGUUGCUGUGCGAAAUG